AUGUUGAUAUUUCAGGUUGCGGCUGAGAAACCAUUUGCUGACAUUCCUCUCAGGGGGCGGCCAACUUGGGUUUCUAUUAGCGACGGCCUCAGCCUCAUUGUUGUGGGAUACACAGAUGGGGGAUUUGACAUCCGCCUACUCCCCAGUGGCGAAAUUGUUCAACAACGCAUUGGGAUAAGAAAAAGCCACUAUGUAUUGCAAGGAUCUGUAGGGGGUAUCAAUGACGCCUUUGUCUUAAGGCCCGAAGAAGAUGGUUACAUAAGCGUCUGGGACCUGAAUUCGGGAACUCUUGCAGGGCUCGAACAGGGCCACUGUCCUUCUCGGACAAACCAUGCCACAUGGAGCCCGGUCGACCCUUAUCUCUUUGCAUCUGGCGGAGACGAUAAUAAAUGCAAGAUUUGGUCGUGUCAAAACAAUUUGCCUAUCGACCACGAGUACCGACGACUGGCGGAGGAGGCCUCACGCCCUUGA